AUGUCGGCCUCGACGAAGACCUCGUCGUAUAGCCUCGCUCUCGUGACUGGAGGUGGGAGCGGCAUCGGGAAGAGCGUCUGCCAUGCUCUCGCCAGCGAUGGUGCUUGCGUCAUUGUGGCGGACAUCAACUUGAACGCAGCAAUGACUACUGCCUCAUCUCUGCCAGACAUCCACCAACAUCGUGCUUUCAAAGUGGACGUCGGGAGCUCCUCAUCUGUGAAUUCCCUCUUCGAGGACAUCCGGAGAGCCUGUUCCCGCGUGCCGGACAUCGUCGUGAACUCCGCCGGAAUCGGCCUCCCGGGAACUCCCAUCACUGACACGAGCGAGGAGGACUUUGAUAAUCUCAUACGAGUGAACCUCAAGGGAAGCUUCCUGGUUACCCAAGCUGCUGGUCAAGCCAUGAUCGCCGAAAACGUCACUGACGGCACAAUCGUGAACAUAUCAAGCAUGAUGGCGAAAAUAAUCGACAAAGGAGCGAGCGCGUACACGGCUUCCAAGGCAGCGGUCGUGGCACUCACCAAAGUAGCUGCGAAGGAAUUGGCUUCCCACGGCAUUCGGGUCAACGUCGUGUUACCGAGUUUCAUUGAAACCCCAAUGCAAUCCCUGUACUUCACUCCCGGCUCACGUGAACGGGCGAUGGCCGAUAUUCCACUAGGAAGGCCAGGUCUUCCCGAAGAGGUUGCUGAAGUUGUCAGGUUCCUGUGCAGCUCCGGAAGCAGCUUUAUGACAGGCUCGGCAGUUGAUGUCUCCGGCGGCCAAUGA